GGUGAGACGUGCCCGUCGUCAAGCGUAGAACCCAAAACCUCACCCUCCCUUUUCACGAUAAGAGGAGGCGCGAGCGAUGCUCCCAUGGGCGGCGCCGCCGGCGGCCACCUCCUCCCCGGCCUCGUCGCCUCCUCUCCUCCGCGCGCUCUCUCCCCGCCUCCCGCCGCCGCCACCGUACCACCCACCCCAGCGUCGGCCGCCUGUCACGGCCGGCCCCUGGGCUGCCCCGCGCGCCGCCCACGGCGGCGACGUGUUCUGGGAGGAGCCGGACGACGGCUCCGGGGCCGACGACGAGGAUGGUGAGGCCGCCGAGCAGCAGGAGGCCGCGCGGAGGAGGAGGAGCUUCUCCUCUUUCCCUUCCCCCUCGCUGUUCUCCAGGCUCGACGCCGCGCGGCGGCAAGAGCGGCGACAAGAGCAGGAGCUUCGAGGAGAAAUCGAGCUUCUCCUGACGCCUGAAGAAAUGGCCAUCUUGGAUCAGAACGAGACCCCAGAUGUCACCAAAAUAUCAUCACCGAAAUGGCAUCCGCUCCACAGUUACGCGUUGGCGCUGCAGAUACCUCUCAUGGACAGGCUGCUCGAUAGCGGUGUUGAUAUCAAUUUACUUGACAAAGAUGGUUUCACCCCACUUCACAAAGCGGUGAUAGGCAAAAAGGAGGCUGUCAUUAGCCAUCUCCUGAGAAGAGGGGCGAAUCCUCAUGUCAGAGACAGGGAUGGAGCCACACCAUUACAUUAUGCAGUUCAAGUUGGUGCCCUACAAACUGUGAAGUUACUGAUCAAGAACAGGGUUGAUGUCAAUGUUGCUGACAAUGAUGGGUGGACACCACUGCAUUUAGCUAUACAGAGUAGAAAUAGAGAUAUAACAAAGAUAUUGCUGGUCAAUGGUGCAGACAAGACAAGAAGAACCAAGGAUGGAAGGACUGCCUUGGAUUUAAGCUUAUGUUUUGGAAGGGAUUUCAAGUCGUAUGAUUUGGCAAAGUUUGUCAAACUUGUUCCAGCAAAUAGAAAAAUGUGACUCUGCUCUGCCACAAUAUUCAGAAAAAAGAGUAGAUGUUAGUUACUGUUGACUUCGGUGAUUCUUCCUAUUGUUUUUUAAUGGGGUGAUUCCUCCAAUCGUUUGUUACAGUUGGUUGUUCCUUCCAUUUUUCGUGCACAUUUAUCGUAGAGAAUCAUCUGCUUUCUCUGUUCAAUAUGAAUCUAGAUAUUUUGGUAAUAUCUAGAUUCACUCGUGGAUUAAUCAAUAUGUUUGAUAUACGCGUCCAAAUUCAUAACAUCCAUAUAAAUCUACC